AUGACAGGGAUUAGCCAGUUUAGAUCCAACGCUCGAAGGGGCAAGCUAGACGCCUCGUUCCGCCUCCCAGGAAUCCUUCGAGUCUUCAACACGGAUAUAAAAAAAAGCGUCCUCCUCGCCCUCAUCUUCUCGGCAAAGCUGAACCAUAUCCAAGGGCUACAGCUUCGACAUCUAGGAAAAAUGAAGCCCUUCUCCUCCGUGUCAACCUUGCUUCCAUUAGCGCUCCUCGCGGGCAAGACUCUCGCUGUUGGCUGCGCCCAACACACCUUCGGCGUAUGCCAAGACAACAUCGUCCACUGGUACGACCCCGACGACGGUCAAAUCUGCGACCCUCACGACUGCGGCGGUGGCCGCGCCCCCCCUAGAAAAGAUGUUCCCGGUUGCGCUUUCUACACCGGCACCGAAACCCUCAGGACAGAGGCUUCCUACAUGCCGUGCUUCACCGCUGGGAAGCUUGUCCUCACCACGGAGGGGCCGACUGCUACUGGGAGUAGCUCAGUUCCUUUGGUGACGACAUUGACGACUUCUACGUCGGCGGUGAUUACUGAUGGGCCGAGUGUUGGGGAUGAGGAGGAGGUUACUACACCGAUUACGACGACGGCGACGGGGAAUGGUGGGAGUGUUGUCGGGGCUGGUGGUUCACUGGUGCGGGUCUUUGCUGGGGCGGUGUUUGGCGUUGUUGCGUUUGUUUAAGGGGGGGUGGUUGUUGGUGACGGAACUGAGUGGGUGGGUGAGGUGAGAUGGU